AGCGCUCAGCAACUUGCACCAUCACGUCGGUCAGAGGUGGCUUUCAGUCAAGGCGGACUCGAAGGACUUGGAUUUUCCUGUGGCCCGUGCAUGCACCGGUCUUCACAAGGAUUUGAGCCAUCAUGAUCACAUUCACGCCGCUCUCAGGUGCAGCGCGGUCCUCGCGCACAGUCCCUCUAGCGUACCUCCUGCAAGUCGAUGAUGUUCGCAUACUGUUGGACUGCGGCUCACCUGACUGGUGUCCAGAGGGAGAGUCGGGCGAGGAAGGACAUCAUUGGGACAAGUACUGUGACACAUUGAAGGAGUGUGCACCCUCAGUCGACCUGGUCCUCCUGUCGCAUGGCGACCUGCAGCACUCGGGACUCUAUGCCUAUGCGUAUGCCCACUGGGGCCUCACAGCGCCCGCGUACACUACGCUGCCUGUGCAGGCUACGGCACGUAUAGCAGCCACGGAGGAUGUGGAAGGCAUUCGCGACGAACAACAGAUUGGCGAGACGAGCGAACGCGAAAAGAGUACUUCGCCUGAGGCAAGUGGCUCAACCCCUCCUGAAGACAAAUCCGAAAAGCCUUCUACCCCACCACCACCAAAGUCUGCGAAAGGCAGAUACAUCGCUACCCUGCAAGAAGUACAUGACGCCUUCGACUCAGUCAACGUACUGCGAUAUUCACAGCCAUGCCAUCUGCAAGGGAAAUGCCAGGGUCUCACUGUUAUCCCAUUCAAUGCGGGGCACACUCUCGGUGGUACAAUAUGGAAAAUUCGUUCACCAACCGCCGGAACGAUUCUCUAUGCCGUGGAUAUGAAUCAUAUGCGUGAACGGCAUCUCGACGGGACGGUCUUGGUGCGACAGGCAUCUGCGGGUGGUGGUGUCUUCGAGACUCUGGCUCGCCCAGACUUGCUCAUCACGGAUGCCGAACGCGCGGGCGUUACAACAGCACGUCGCAAAGACCGCGAUGCUGCCCUCCUCGACUGUAUCGACUCAACGUUGACCUCCCGCAACUCUUUGCUUAUGCCAUGCGACUCGAGUACGCGGGUUCUCGAACUCCUGGUGCUCCUCGACCAACACUGGAACUACUCCCGCUUGAAGUUCCCAAUUUGCCUUCUCUCGCGUACCGGCCGCGAGAUGCUCACGUUCGUGCGCAGUAUGAUGGAAUGGCUCGGAGGUACCAUCAGCAAGGAGGACGUAGGCGAGACUGGCACAGGAAACAACAAGAGCAAACGGAGACGCGACGAUGAUGACAACGAGGAUGCUUUGGGAGCGUUCGCUCUCCGUUUCCCACACCUCGAGUUCUUCCCUACCCCGCAAUCCCUCAUGCAGACCUACAGCUCGAAAGAUCCCAAGCUCAUUCUUGCCGCCCCCGCCUCCCUAUCUCACGGUCCCUCGCGCGCGGUCUUCACAGAAUUCGCCGAGAUCCCCGACAACGUCGUGCUGCUGACUGGUCGGAGUGAGGAGGGCACCCUCGGACGCAUUCUCUUCGACAAGUGGAACGAUUCGCAGAGGGACGACGCAAAAUGGGAUCGUGGCAAGAUUGGGAACAAUGUCAUGAUGGAUGGCAUGCUACACCUGGAGAUGCGCUCGAAAGUCCCGCUGCAGGGCGCGGAGCUCGAAGAGUACCUUCAGAAGGAGCGUGCCGCCCAAGAAAAAGAAGCUGCGCAGAAAGCCGCUCAAGCACGCACUCAGCGAAUCCUCGAAGCCGACGAAGGCGAGGAAGACAGCGAUGAGGACAGCGAUGCCGAGUCUGACGAGGAGAACGAGGUCGAGAGGGCACUCAGCGACGACCUCAUGGACGGCGACGAUACGCGCCCGCAAGCCUCCGCGAAUGGGCGGCCGAAGCGCCGGAAGGGCGGCGUGGGCGAGGGCACCGACUGGAUUGACGAUGUCGCCGACGAGCCCAUGCAGAAGCUAUCCUUCGAUAUCUACCUGAAGGGCAAUGUGUCGAAGGCCACGUCGUUCUUCAAGAGCGAAGGGCAGACGCAGCGAUUCCGAAUGUUCCCGUAUGUGGAGAAGAAGCGGAGGGUAGACGAGUAUGGAGAGACGAUCGAUGUGGGGCUGUGGCUGCGCAAGGGCAAGGUGCUCGAGGAGGACGCAGAGACUGAGGAGGUCAAGGAGAUGCGGAGAAGGGCUGAGGAAGAGGCGAAGAAAGCUCCUGUUGAGCCACCGUCGAAGUUCGUCACAACGGAAGUGGAGGUCCAGCUUGCUUGCCGACUGUUCUUCGUCGACAUGGAGGGUCUCAAUGACGGCCGUGCAGUGAAGACGAUUGUACCCCAAGUCAAUCCGCGCAAGAUGAUCAUUGUCCAUGCACCACUGCAGGCAACAGAUGCUCUGAUCGACAGCUGCUCCAACAUCCGCGCUAUGACGCGUGAUAUCUACGCACCAGCCCAAGGGGAGAACGUCCAGAUCGGUCAGCACACCAACAGCUUCUCUAUAUCCUUGGGCGACGAGCUACUCGCGUCACUCAAGAUCUCUCAGUUCGAAGACAACGAGAUCGGCUAUGUCACCGGACGUAUAUCGAGCCUCGCAGGUUCUACCAUCCCCAUCCUCGAGCCCACAGGCUCACGGCUCCCCGAGCGCAUCACUCGAAAGGCGCUGCGCCCGCACACGCUCGGCUCACGACCGACCCGGACCCUUCCGCAGUCAACGAUGAUCGGCGAGCUGAAGCUCACUGCACUCAAGGCCCGCCUGGCGAAAGUGGGCGUCCACGCGGAGCUCAUCGGUGAGGGUGUGCUCAUCUGCGGCCCUGCAAAGAAAGGCGCCGCCGUCGAAACGAUAGAGCAUACGGUAGCAGUGAAGAAGACUACGCGGGGGCGGGUCGAGCUGGAGGGCACUGUUUCGGACGUGUACUACGUCGUUCGGAGAGAGAUAUAUCAUCUGCAUGCACUUGUUGCUGCAUGAGUAGUAUAUUGGACUUCGCCCAGCGUGAGGAUGUGUAUAUACUUUCAUUAGAUAUUUACAUAGCGAUCGCGGUUUGCUACGGUCGGUCGCAGAGCUGGGUCAGUUCUUACACUGUUGCCAUAAAUACAUUAAAUUGCGCUUCGUAUCAGUACUCCUGGAAGGUGCAACAUCCUGUUCCCGCUGUUUGUAAGGGAGCAGAGUUAAAGCCAACUUCAGCUUCCCCGCUGCCGCUGGGAUGGCCGAAUCCAGAUAACGAUCUGACGAGGCG